AUGUCCACAUUAAGUCAUCACCCUUAUGCGUUCUCUAUGCAUCAUGGUAUGCUGCCGGAGUAUCCGAGCGCACCACAACCACUGCCGGCCUCCUCGCCGCAGUCAGAGGGCCACAUCAAGAGACCUAUGAACGCAUUCAUGGUCUGGUCCAGGCUCCAGAGACGUCAAAUCGCCAAGGACAAUCCGAAAAUGCACAACUCUGAGAUCUCAAAGAGGCUAGGAGCCGAGUGGAAGUUGCUAUCUGAAAUGCAGAAGCGGCCGUUCAUCGACGAAGCUAAGAGGUUGAGGGCUCUGCACAUGAAGGAGCACCCGGACUACAAGUACAGGCCACGGAGGAAGCCCAAGCCCCCUACCCAAGGAGCCCCAGGUGCCGGUGCGUUCCCGAGCUUCCCUCUGCCAUACUUUGCGGGACCGGCUCCCGGUGUAGGACAUUUGGAUGCCCUAUCGUAUUCAGCAGUGCCACCAUACUUCCCACAUCAGUUGGAUCACCUACAGUUCUCCAAGUUAAUGGCGCCGACGGCGGAGAAACUACCGACGGUAUCGUCAUCGGCGGCGGCAGUAGUGUCAUCGUUCUAUUCAUCACUGUACACGUCACCAGCGGCGCCACCAAAACCUUUUCACUCAUCGCUGUUCCCGCAGUACGGAGUACCAUCCUCGCCUGUGUCACCCGUGACUCCAACGCAGCACAGCCCCCACGACGACCAGCUGAGGCGGCCUGUUUCCGUCAUAUAUUGA